UUGCUAACGACAACGAAGAAUUUAACGGAUUCUUGUUUUUAUUUUCGAAACUCUUUAAAAAUAAGGCAAUUUUAAAAUUUCUAUUUAUUUGCUUGCUUUUUUUUUUUUUUUUAAACUUAUUUGCUUGCAAAUAAGAAUUAUAUCAUAAAUUUUACAUUUAGCUGGUGCUAAUGGAUUGGAAGAUACCGCAUUUAUAGCAUAAAGAGAGCAUUUCAUAGCACAAAACAGUCAUAACAGCAACUUUCCUAUAUCAUCAACAAAGAUGGGGUCAAAAUAUCACGAGAUCAUGAAAACGAAGUCUUUUCUGCCUUUCCGCAUGCAUUAUAUCACAGAUGAGAUGAAAGAACGAGCUCGGAAAGAACUUGGGGAAACAGAGGAAGUUAAACAGAAUGCCUUAGCAGAAAUGAAGAAGUUGGUUGAAGCGGAACCGAAUUUUGUCUGCCGAAAUGAAGAUGCCUAUUUGUUGCAGUAUCUCAGAGCAAGAAAGUUCAACGUAAAGAAAGCAUUCACAUUAUUGCAGAAUACAUUUCUAACGAAGAAGGCUUAUCCUGAAGUCUACGACGAACUCGACAUUGAGUCACUAAGAAAAGCGUUCAAAACAUUAGGUUCGACGUGUUUACCAUACAGAGACGAAGAAGGGUGCGUUAUUUUGCUUCUGCAGUUUGGAAAAUGGGACACAGAAGUAUUUAACAUACAAACAGUCCUCAAUCUGAUGACAGCAACCGUGAUGUUCAGCAUUGAAGAUCCCGCCACCCAAAUAUGUGGAGUUCGAAUCAUGCUUGACGUACGAGGGUCAAAUCUAAGGCACAUUCGAUUGUUGACACCAAGAUAUAUACAUCUCUUUUCCAAAGCUUUGAGAAAUUGUUUACCCGUUCGGUUUAAAGGAAUUCAUAUAUAUAACGAGUCUGCAAUUUUCCAAUACGUCUGGUCCGUGUUGAAAAUUUUUCUCUCGGAAAAAAUCAAAAGAAGGGUUCAUUUUCACGGAGACAAUCAAAAGAAUCUGCAUAAAUUCAUUCCAAAGGCCAUUUUACCAUCGGAAUAUGGGGGCGAUUACACUACUUUCAGUGCGGAAGAAUUUUUCCCAAAUGAAGUCGAGAGGUUUUACGAAACAUACCGUGAAAUCCUUCGAUCAGGAUAUCAAAAUGUUCAGCUCUUAUUUAUUGUUCCUUGUAAUCCUAAUAAUGGAAACAGUGGUCUGAUGGUUUGCUCCAUCAAAUGGUUGAACGCUGAUGAUUUGAAAAUCCUCGUUAAAUACACCUGGAUAUACGUUAGUAGGGCAACUAAAAUAUGUAUGAUAUGUCUUGUAACUGGAAACAAAUUUGAAUUUAUUGUACAUCUAUCGCAUAUCAGUGGAUUUAAAUCGCCAUUAACUACUCUUGAGUUAAUAAAUUUCAUCAUCACAUUAUCAGCGAAGAUGGGGUCCAGAUAUUAUGAAAUCAUGAAAACGAAGCCUCAUUUACCUUUUCGUAUGGGCUACAUCACAGAAGAUAUGAUAGGAAAAGCUCGAAAAGAACUCGGAGAAACAGAGGAAGUUAAACGCAAUGCCCUUAUUGAAAUGAGGAAGCUAAUCCAAGCGGAACCCAAAUUUGUUUGCCUAACAGAUGAUGCCUAUCUACUGCAAUACCUCAGGGCACGAAAGUUCAACGUCAAAAAAGCAUUCAGUGUGUUACAAAAUACAUUUCUAACAAAAAAGGAUUACCCUGAAAUCUACGAUGAAUUCGACAUUAGGAUAGUAAGAAAAAUUUUUCAAACUUUAGGCAUCACUUGUUUCCCAUACAGAGAUGAACAAGGAUGUCCAGUUAUGCUUGUACGAUGGGGAAAAUGGGACCCAGAAGAAUUUACAAUACAGCAGGUUUUUAUUGGCCUGACGGUAGCCAUUCUCUUCUGCAUUGAUGAUCCUGCGACUCAGAUAUGCGGAGUUCACAUCAUCCUUGAUGUCCAAGGGUCAAAAGUAAAGCAUCUUCGUUAUCUUACACCCAGAUACCUACAUCUCUUUUCCAGAGCUUUGAGGAACUGUUUACCUGUCCGAUUUAAAGGAAUUCAUAUAUAUAAUGAGUCUAUUAUUUUCCAAUAUGGAUGGUCUAUGUUAAAACUUUUUCUCUCAGAAAAAAUAAAGAACAGGAUUCAUUUACAUGGAGAUAGUCUUAAGAGUAUGCAUAAGUUCAUUCCAAAGGCCAUCUUACCAUCGGAGUACGGAGGCAACUACGAUAAUUUCAAUACUGACUUUUUCUUUCCGAAAGAAAUUGAAAGCUAUUACGAGCAAUUCACCGAAUUACUUAAAUGCGGUUACCAGAAGUAGGAAUCACAAGUAACUGCGUAAUCUCUGACUAGUCGUUAUGGAUCAUUCUUGAUGAUGUAUUCCUACUUUUCAAUUUAAAAUUACGACGGUGGAAUUGUUCAAGGCGUGCAGUGCCUUCAAGACACUGAACUGCGUGCAGAACGGUUCAUUUUGAUGAUUAUUUAUUAUUUAUUCAACCUAUGGCAAUUUAGUUACAAACUGCGUUGUUUAUUGUCACUAUUAUUUCAGAGAGCAGGAAAUUUUCUUGCUUCGUUCGUGUUUCUGAAUAUCACAAAGAAAAAUUGCUUAAAAUGGGGUGCAAUGCGAUAAAUCGCCUUACAAAGUGAAAGUGGAAGGACUUGCUAAUGCCAAUACUAAUGUCAAAUAAAGAACUUACGAUUUUUGGCAACUAUAUUUGCGAUUAGCAAAAAAAAAAAAAAAAAAAAAAAAAAAAAAGAUCUUAUCGGACU